CCAAACAUAAAAACACAUCAUCAUAUCACAAGCUACCAAAAAACAAAACUUACAAAAUCUUACAUCUUCUUCUUCUUCAAACCCUUCACAUGCAUUUCUUAAACCUUUAACUUUCAAAAUCGGUUUUUGUUCUCAUUCUCUACAAGUUUUUGUUUCAAGCUGGAGAAGUUUGAGUUUGAGGGGAAGGGGGUGGUGGUGUGGAACAACCACCAACAAGAGCUUGUUGUACCUUAUGCAUCUCCACUUGUACAUUUACAAGAUUUGGUGAAGAACAAGAAAAGAAAAUACAUUAACGAACCAACAUCUGUACUUGACAACAUCACCACCAGUCCUAGCCCACCUGCCUCUACUUCCACCCUGUCGUCUCACGGCGGAGCUGACACCGCCACCGCCGCCGGCACGGCGGCGUUUCGGCCGGAAAAUCAAGAAACCCCCACCUCCAAUGUGGGUGUUCUUGACCUUUAUCAGUUCCAACCACCACCGCCACCGGUUGAAACCACCGCCGGAACCGGAAAAUGCGGCGGAACAGACGACUGGGAAAACGAAAACUCCGGCCAAGACCAAGCUAUGCUCGGGUGGAUUAUGGGUGAUGUUGAAGACCCAUCAGUGAGUUUAAACAAAAUGCUUAACGCCACCGUCUCCGACAGUGCUCCGGUGGACUUCGAGUUUUCCGGUGGUUUUAUAUCUCCGGCGACAUUCAACACCCACCUCAACCACCACCAAAAUCAAUACUUUUCACCAUUAAACGAUACCCUUUUGCCCCAUUAUGAUAAAAAACCAAAUCUUUACAACACCCAGAUGCUCAUUCCACCGCAACCCAAAACGUACAACUCAAGAAGCAUAGAGUACAACCCUUCAAUGCAGCAACAAGGGAUCAUUGAUCAGCUUUUCAAAGCCGCGGAUUUGAUCCAGUCGGGGAACAAUAAUCCGAUACUCGCGCAAGGGAUAUUGGCGCGGCUCAAUCAUCAGCUUUCACCAGCCGGUAAUUCUUUCGAAAGGGCUGCUUUUUAUUUCAAACAAGCUCUUCAAUUACUCACACAUUCAAUCCUCAAUAAUAUUAAUAUUAAUCCCCAAAUUACCCCUGUUGACUCACCCUUUAGUUUAAUUUACAAGAUUAGUGGUUAUAAACUGUUAUCAGAGGUUUCCCCAUAUAUUCAGUUUGCUAAUUUCACUUGUAAUCAAGCAAUUCUUGAAUCCCUUAUCGGGUUUGAUCGGGUUCAUGUUAUCGAUUUCGAUAUUGGGUUUGGUGGUCAAUGGGCUUCUUUGAUCCAAGAGCUUGGUUUGAGAAACAAUGGUGCGUGUUUCUUGAAGAUCACUGCGUUGGUUUCGCCUUUAACUCAUGACCAGCUCGAAGUCGGGUUGACCCGAGAGAGUUUGAUCCAUUUUGCUAGCGAAUUGAACGUCGGGUUUGAGUUUGAGAUAGUCAACAUUGAUGCUCUUGCUUCUGCUUCAUGGUGUUUACCCUUUAAUGUUUCGGAUAAUGAUAAUGAAGCCGUUGCAGUGAAUCUUCCGGUUCAUGUGUUUUCGAAUUACCAAACUCAGAUUCCAGCCGUUUUACGAUUCGUUAAACGUUUAUCGCCUAAAAUUGUGGUUUCGGUUGACCGUGGGUGUGAUAGGACCGAUUUACCGUUUGCUAAUCAUCUGAUCCAGGCCCUGAAGUCAUAUUCGAACUUACUCGAGUCAUUAGAUGCGGUCAACAUGAACCUUGACUCGUUGCAGAAGAUCGAGCGGUUUUUAGUUCAACCCGCGGUUGAAAAGAUUGUUUUGGGCCGGUUUCUUUUCCCCGAAAAGACUCAGCCUUGGCGGGAUCUUUUCGUAUCAGCUGGAUUUUCGCCAUUGUUGUUUAGUAACUUUACUGAAAGUCAAGCGGAAUGUUUGGUCAAAAGGACUCCGGUUCGCGAGUUUCAUGUCGAGAAGAGACAAUCGCUGCUCGUGCUAUGUUGGCAACGUAGGGAGCUCGUGUCGUGUUCGGCUUGGAAGUGUUGAAAGGUGUUGGUUAUUGAAAGAUCAUGAUAAGGUAGGUAGUUGAUGUUGUUAGUGUUUGAUAUGACUGUGAAUGUAUUACUGUUAAUUAUGUUUUUUGUUAAUCUUGAUUCUAGUUAUGUUUAGGUUAUGGCUUUUCACUGUGGUGUGUAUAUUUUGUUAGUUAAAUCAUUCAAAGAUCUAACCUUUGACC